GGUGUGCGCCUACCCUACAGAGUGGGAUGACUCUAGCAACCAAUGGCUCACAAGGCGACCGUUACUCGGAGCUUAUCUGGGCCCCGAAUCGUCAGGUACUGUAUCAAUUCAGUGGCGAUCAACUGAACCUUAUGCAAGUAGCCGACAACUACAAUUACAGCACGCUCAAGGGUAUUGACGCUUCCUAUGGCUACACCGCAACCCAGGCUCUAGUGAAUAGCUACGUGCCUCUGAACAAGAGCCUUCAGGCUUCGGUGCAGCGGAUAGGCCCCAUUUUCGGCGCUGCUCCCAAGUAUUGGUGGAUUACUAAUGGUAACACUCGGAGCUGGACAAUAAGCAUCUCGUCGGAAAAGACCAUUAAGUGCUUCUCUUCCUACAUUAACUCUGACUUUCAGUUCAUAUUUGGGGACAAUCCUGGUGCAAACAACUUCACCAAGUGCAUACGCUACGGUAGCGGCUGGGGUUCGGCUACUAAUAAAAUCAGUACGUUCACGAUCGAUGGCGUCGCAGGAUCAUCGAACCCGGCACUUCGGGCACCCAUCAAGGUGAGCGUGAUCGCCUCCGACAGAGCGACAUUGCUUGGGAACGGCUCGAUGGCCACGACGGGAUCAAGACCAGCUCUUUCGAGCGAUUGUCUGUUCUCAAACAAGACCUCUCUUAUAACCUCCGAGGCCGCCUGUAACUGGACAUACUUCUUUUCCGAUGCUUACAACCAGUGGUCUACAACCAACGCUACUCAGCUCGUAAAUACCGUGCUAUGGGAGCAGAACGUCGGUGGGUCAGUGAUGACUCGGGCCACAGACUUCGUUAUGUACAUGGCAUUCACGUUGUACACCUUUGAUCCUGCUCCGUCAACCAACCCCCUCCGUCUGGUCAACACGCCUGCACUCGGCCUGCCGGGGCAGAGAGGCUUCACAUCUCCCUCCCCAAUCCCGGUUGAUCCUGCUUGGACACUGGCGACUUGGUCCGUCGAUGAAAAAGGGCACUUACCCGCAAACCGUACCACCACGCUGACACUGCUCAACCUUUUCGACAGCUGGUGGAAUGGCAACACAGGAGACCUGACGGCGUUCAAUUACAACGGCGCCUACGCCGCAAUGUCAUGGAUGCCCAUUCUCCAGCAGCUCUCCAUGAUCGACUACGAGGUCACGUACACUGCGCCUGCCGGACAAACUGCAAAGACUGCUCCAAUGUAUCGGAAUGCGCGCAUCUACGUGUGGUCCUACGGCAUGGGUUCCCGCACGUCAUACCUCGGCGGCACAGUUGCAGUUAUCGGCAUAGUUGUUGUACUCGCACAAUCCGCAAUGGCCUUUGUGUGGCGAAAGGAAACGAGGAGUCUCACGGCUUUGCUGAUUGCGGCGCUUGCACAUUCACCACAGAAUGAGUUUGCGGGCAAGGAGCAGGACGAGGUGCAAUGUGCGCGGGUCAGGUUUCGAUUAAUGCAACAGGAGCAUCUGCCAGGAGGUAUAGCAUUUGAUGCGACGUCUCAAUGAGACUAGUAUUCGAAAUUUGAAC